AGCUUGAUGUAGAUUCCGGCAAGGGGCACAACUCUCGGAUAUAAACACAAGCACGUGCUACAUAAUGGUAUUGCAACGAUAGAAAACACAGAAAGAUGCCAAGCAGGAGUCUUUAAUGAUGGACAGCAGUAUCACUUUGAAUCUUGCAGGAACAAAUCUCCAAGUCGGCGACGGCUCCUCCCAGAUCAAAUCGAAAAUCACUGGAAAUCGGGUGAAACGAAUAAAAGGUCGACGGCAACUGAAAAGAAAGCAGAGGAAGUUUAAGGACUCAGGUGAAGGAGGCUCAGGGGACACCAGUGAUGGGGAGGGCGUGGCAGGGUCCGAGUCAGCUGACACAAGGGAGGCAGUAGAUACCCAGGGCCAGAAAACAGGUGAUGGACGUUCAAGAAAGAGAAAACCACAGGGAGACAAUAUCGGAAAUGUUUUGAAGAAGACGAAGAGUGGACAUAGUGGGCAGAUCGUUUCAUCGUUGUUCAGAUACAAUCCAGAUAUACCAAAAGUUGCCAGCUCGCAGGUCACAGAGUGUAAGGAAGCGGUGUUCUCCUCCGACUCCUUCAGUCAGCUGUCUCUCCACCCCCACAUGGUACAGACUCUGGAAGAGAGGCUGCAGCUGACUCAGAUGACGGCUGUGCAGCAGCAGGCCAUUCCCACAAUCCUCCAGGGUCAGGACGCACUCGUCAAGUCCCAGACUGGCUCAGGAAAGACGCUGGCCUUUGCCGUUCCGAUUGUACAGAAACUGCAGGCCCUGGAACCUGCUAUAGUGCGUGCUGAUGGGCCGUACGCUAUUGUUGUGGUGCCAACACGAGAGCUGGCCCAGCAGUGUCUCCAAGUGUUCACGCAGCUGGUCAAGCCAUUUAUACGUAUUGUUCCCGGUCUUGUGAUUGGAGGCGAGAAGAGGAAGGCUGAAAAAGCCAGCAUACGCAAGGGCAUCAAUAUCAUGGUGUGCACACCAGGCCGGCUGGUGGACCACCUGGAGAACACGGCCAGUCUCAGGGUGGACAGGGUGGAGUUCCUGGUGCUGGAUGAGGCAGACAGACUUUGUGACCUUGGAUAUGAAAAACACAUUGCCCAGAUUGUGACAGCCUUGAACACUCGGAGCAACCAUGGCCGCCAGACUAUCCUUUUGUCGGCCACACUCUCAGAUGGUGUUGAGAGGAUGGCUGGAAUAUCGAUGGAAGACCCAAAGCAUAUCUCCUUGUCGGACAGACCUGAUGCAAACACAACUUCCUCAAGCAGUGGCGCCGCAGAAAGCCAUCACAAGGCCGGGGACUCUGGGGACACAUUCACAGUUCCACAGAAUCUGCAGCAGUAUUUCGUCAUCACUCCCAGCAAACUGAAGCUUGUGACGCUGGCCGCCUUCAUCCUGGGCAAGCUCCGGGGUGGCGGCAGCAAGAUGGUUGUGUUCAUGGCCACACAGGAUGCAGUGGAGUUUCACCAUCACCUGUUUACCAAGACACUGAGUGACAUCCCCGGGAGAGAUGCAGACAACCUCAUGUUGUUCAGGUUACAUGGAGACAUGGAGCAGAAGGACAGGACAGAGGUGUACCAGACUUUCAGCAAGUCCGACCGUGGAGUCCUACUCUGCACAGACGUGGCGGCCCGAGGUCUCCAUCUGGCUCACGUACAGUGGAUUGUUCAGUACACCAUCCCCACCCAGGAGGCGGAGUACAUUCACCGGGUGGGGCGCACUGCAAGGGCGGGGGCGAAGGGAGAGUCACUCCUCUUCCUGCUUCCCUCAGAAGUCGACUACCUCCAGGUGCUCAACAAACACAACAUCAGCCUGAAGGAGAUCAAGAUGAACAGAGUGCUGGCGUGCCUGAUGAAGCUGAUGGCUGACCUGGCUACAGACGGGGAGGUGAGGCCCCGGGAUCUGGUGGAGAGUGCAACACACCUGCAGAUGAGGUUCGAGAACUCGGUCCAGGGACACGAAGAGAUGCUCAGCCUGGCUCGGAGAGGGUUCAAGUCAUUCAUCAGGGCAUAUGCCACAUAUCCUCAACACCUCAAGUCCAUCUUGAAGAUCCAUGACCUUCACCUCGGCCAUGUUGCCAAAAUGUUUGGCCUGCGCGAGGCACCUGGUGGUAUCGGAGACCGGGCGGGACACCGUGACAUCAAGAAACACAAGCAGCGCCCUGGGGCGCCUCGAAGGAAGAAGCUGCAGGUGUCUGAGUUUGACAGCGGCUUCACAAAGACUAAGGCAAAACGCUUAGGCCCUAAGAAGAAAAAGAACAAGAAGAAGAAAAUCAAGGGGCCAAAAUAAAUGAAUGUUGUUCGGCAGCCACCAUGUUCAGUUAUUGUAAAUAAAGAUCCUUGUUAAUAGAA